CCAUAAUUGAUGAGAGUAGGUAGGACGUUACUGGAACAUGACUGCUUCUACUGAACCACCUUACUAUCUCUUGGUUUCACAUUCGUCUCUUCAGCACAGCUCAGGUCUUAGUUCCAAUUCCCUCGCACACGCAAGCGUAGAGUAUCGCUAUGCGGAUGACUCGCCUUUGAUGCUGUUGUCGCGUCAUCCUGACGAGCAUGUCCUUGUGCUGAAUCAUGAUCCAGCGAAGGGAGACAUACCAACAGUACAGAGCACUUCUAGUCACAUGGCUGUGACAGGCGUUAAGGUGUCUGUGGCACCUGGUGCCAGCGCCAACGAGGACUACAGCAGGAACGACAAUAUGUAUGUUUUAGAAGUUGUUUCCACUUCUGACGACCAGUAAGCGAUGCACUUUUGCUAGUCGACUUGAUGAAACCUUAGUAUUACUUCUCAGCAUGAGCAUGGAGUC